UUCAUAUCCAGAGCACACAUUACUGUCUGAAGAUUUCUUCGUUGAACAGAGAGAGAAAUCAGCACUGUGUUUAGCGACGAUGGAGAUACCUAAGAAGUGGGUCUCUUUGUGUUCCUUUCUGUUUCUGAUGAUGUUGCUUGUUGGAAUCUUCAAAACUGCUUCCACCUCAAAACCUAGGACUAUCGAGGUAGAAGAGUUGCAGACCUCCAACAACUCAUCAAUGGCUGCAAGAGUGAAGGAGAUUGAAAUUUUGAAUGAAAAUGCGGUCCAGGAUCCAGAGGAGGUUGUCGCAAUGGUUGAAAUGAGUAUGAGAAACAGCACAGAGAGGAGAAAACUGGGAUAUUUUUCAUGUGGUACGGGUAAUCCCAUUGAUGACUGCUGGAGGUGUGACCCGAACUGGCGACGUAACCGCAAACGCCUUGCUGAUUGUGGCAUUGGUUUUGGCCGAAAUGCCAUAGGAGGGCGUGAUGGACGCUAUUACGUGGUGACUGACCCCAGGGAUGAUGACCCUGUUAACCCAAGACCUGGCACCCUACGCCAUGCUGUCAUCCAAGAUGCUCCAUUGUGGAUUGUCUUCCAACGUGACAUGGUGAUCCAAUUGAAACAAGAACUUAUCAUGAACAGCUUCAAGACCAUCGAUGCUCGUGGGGUCAAUGUCCACAUUGCUAAUGGAGCCUGCCUUACAAUCCAGUUUGUUACCAACAUCAUUGUUCAUGGUUUACACAUCCAUGACUGUAAACCCACUGGGAAUGCCCUUGUGAGAAGCUCUCCUUCCCAUUAUGGUUGGCGGACAAUGGCUGAUGGUGAUGCCAUCUCCAUCUUUGGGUCAAGCCACAUAUGGGUCGAUCACAAUUCUCUAUCUAAUUGCGCUGAUGGACUCGUGGAUGCUGUCAUGGGUUCAACUGCCAUCACCAUUUCAAACAAUUACUUUACUCAUCAUAACGAGGUGAUAUUGUUGGGACACAGCGACUCUUAUGUGAGAGACAAGCUAAUGCAAGUGACUAUUGCCUACAAUCAUUUUGGAGAAGGUCUUAUUCAAAGAAUGCCAAGAUGCAGACAUGGGUAUUUCCAUGUGGUGAACAAUGACUACACCCAUUGGGAGAUGUAUGCCAUUGGUGGAAGUGCAAACCCUACCAUCAAUAGCCAAGGCAACAGAUACCUUGCCCCUGCAAAUCCAUUUGCAAAGGAGGUUACAAAGAGGGUGGAUACAGAUUCAAGGCAAUGGCAUGGAUGGAACUGGAGAUCAGAGGGUGACUUGCUUCUUAAUGGGGCUUAUUUCAUCCAAUCUGGAGCUGGAGCCGCAGCAAGCUAUGCUCGGGCCUCGAGUUUGGGUGCAAAGCCAUCUGCUAUGGUUGGUACCCUCACUGCCGGUGCUGGAGUUCUUAACUGUCGCAGAGGCCGCCAAUGCUAGCAAGUUCAGCCAGUCGUUCAUUGGUUCAGCUGGUAAAGACUUGUUUUCUUUCUUCUUUCCUUAGUUUCCACUGCCACAUAUGCAUAUAAGAAAAUAUACAUAUAGAUCUCAUAUGCCACAGAUAUCCCUUUACUCUAUCUCACUUGGCAAUUAAGUGAACAUUUUAUACAAUCUCUUUGUUGUGCAACCUCGACCAAGGUGCGAAGUGUUGUCCAUCCGUUUUGUUUCUCUUCACCGAGUGUGUUAUUACUCUAUUGGAUUAGAGGAUCAUAAUGCUUUUUCCUUCCGUUGUUUCGUUUCUAUCUUGUGGAAUUUUAGCUUCUUGAAUCAUAUAAGAUGUAAUGGGAAUGUGAAAACUACUUCAACCAUGAAAAUUGAAUGGAAAAGAGUAUUGGUAAAUGAUUGAUGC